CGCAGGCAACAAAAACUAGUGUAAUUUAUUCUAGUGAACUUUGCCGCUCCAGGCGGUCUCCUCUUCUCUCACCCCCAAUUUCAAAUUUUUCCCAAUUUUACCAAGUACUGUGGCUCUGACACCCCGUGAACUACCGCCCAUAAUUGCACAAAGGAGAACCAAACUACCCAGGUCCCCCAGAAAGGGGGAAAUUUGCAAAUGGCAGCUACUUCUCCUACAACUACCAAACUCAACGGAUUACCCUUUUGCUACUGCCAUCGUCACUCUCCGCCCUCUGCUUCCUCCCACCUCGACCGCCUCCUCUUCCCACCAUCCACCCUCCGUCGGAGCUCUCUCCUUCACUCCAUCGGCGACGCUGCUAGAUUCCCGGCACUAUUCGCUCGCCGAUUGAAGCGGUAUCCUAAGUCGGCGGCGGCGAUGCUUCACCAGGACCCGAUCCUGUCGGACGCUAUAGCGACCGGAUUGUCUGGAGCGGUCGCGCUCUCGGUGCUCCGGCUGUUUGAGGAAACUGCCAAGCGCGGCAUCUUCGACCAGGUUAGAAAUCUCAGUCGCUCGCUUGGUUCGAUUUGUUUGCUUUCGGGGUUUUUUUUCUUCUUUUCUUCGUUACCCAAUUAGCGUUGUUUUUACCGGAAUUUGUCGUUUCUCAUGGCGCACUUUGGGCUCCGGGGGGAGAACCAAUUAGGUAAAUGAAUUAAUGAUUUGUGUUAACUUGAUUCCUCCAAACGUGGAAACCGGUGGCAUUUUCUGUCAGGCAGUGUUAUUUAAUGCACAUUCCGCAUAUUCUACUAAUUACGGCGACCCUUUCACUCCAGUGAGGUCAUUAAGGUGCGAGUGGAGAUUUCAGAGAAAGUUUGAGAAAUAGAUUAUUAUACAAAUGAUGCACAUGACUGUCAGGCAGCUGGGUCAGUGGUAGUUAUAAUAUAGAGAGAUGGGUCUUCGUUGGUGACGAUGAGAAGGGAACAGAAUUUUCUGUCUGUCUUAAAACACCAGCUUACAGCCACACGCACCCACAAAGGGAUUCCUUUGAUUCCCACUUCCGAGUAUGUUUGUUUCCGGUGGAGUAGUGUCUGAUCUAUGGGCGACGGUGGUGUUGACGGUGGCCGUUUUUGGUUUACUGGAGCUAUGGAAGGAAACUGCCAAGCGUGGAGUUGACCAGAAAAUGAAUAGGAAGCUUGUGCACAUAAGUAUUGGGCUAGUUUUCAUGCUUUGCUGGCCGCUUUUCAGUUCAGGGCCUCGGGGUGCAAUCAUGGCAGCUCUUAUUCCAGGUGCCAACAUAAUAAAAAUGCUUCUUAUUGGAUCUGGUUUGUGGAAAGAUGAAGCCACUGUGAAAUCAAUGAGCAGAUUUGGUGACCGCAGGGAACUUCUCAAGGGGCCGCUAUACUAUGCUACAACAAUCACACUGGCUUGUGCAAUCUGGUGGAGGACUUCCCCUAUUGGCUUUGCAGCUAUAUGCAACCUAUGUGCUGGAGAUGGGAUGGCAGACAUUGUGGGUAGAAGGUUUGGCAGUCAGAAACUACCUCACAACAGAAACAAGUCUGUAGCUGGGAGCAUUGCAAUGGCACUGUCUGGUUUCUUAGCAUCUGUUGGGUAUAUGCAUUAUUUUGCCUCAUUUGGGUAUGUUGAGGAGAGCUGGGGGAUGGUAUUAGGGUUCCUUGCUGCGUCUGUUGCAUCAGCCAUUGUCGAAUCGCUCCCCAUAAGUACCGAGCUCGAUGACAACCUCACUGUGACUCUUGCUUCUGUGUUAGUAGGGAAACUUGUUUUCUGAUGCGAUGAUAGGAAGGCCUAAUGAGGUUAUUCCGAGCACGGAUUUGUGGUGUUACAAACACCAGCAGUGGCAAGGCCAGGGGCAAUGUAGGAGAUGAACUUGUAAUUGUUGUAUCUGCAUAUUGAAUAGAGUAAGCUAAGUAAUGUGAUUCGGUAAUUCAGAACUUGCUUCUAUGAUGUGUUUAGGCUGCCAAUUAUUGACAAGAUCUUGAGAUUCUAUGUAGAGUUUGCAGAUUCUCUGCCUGCCAGUAACUUUAUAAGUUGUAUUUUCUUGCACCUUUAAUUGGAUUUGUUUAAUCAUGAGGUUUGUUGGAGAAAUUAUUGACAUAAGCAAAUAGCAUAGUGCAAAGUAUGUCCAAUAAAAUUAUUAAAAGG